AGCUGCACAAGUUUGGAACGUCUUGGAGAAGCCCUUGUUAUCGCUUGGAGUAUACUAGUCAGGAGCGGAGAUUUAUUCAUGCAAAAUCUGGAACUAUUCUACUGCUCUGGUUAAAUCGUGGAAAAAUAACAGUUUAACCUCGUCUUUCACGUAGGCCUAACCUCUUUUUAUGAAAAUGGUUUACUUUACUCGAGGAUAAUUAUUGGUGCAAGUCUAUUUGUGUAUGGAAUCAUUUGUCCUCAACGAAGAAAGAUGGGACUCGUGGAGCUCUGUAUACAUAUGUGAUAUCGUGUUCAACAAUGAAGGAUAUUGUGUCAGACACAAUGGGUUUGUGAAUGGGCACUGUGAUCUUCUGCUGAGAGGGAGUGCCGGGAUUUGAGGCUCUGUGACAGUUGUGACUCCGGGCCGACGCUAAGCCAGUCAGCUUGCUUUAUCUGCCAGGCCAAGGUCAAAGGGCACGACAAAGGGAACCCAGGGAUAGGCUCUCCUCAUGAGGAGUAGCCGGGGUCUCUGAGAACUGGGGUCAUUUUAAGCAGCGUUGGGGAUUUGACGAGCGCCGGCCCAUUGCAAUGCAGACAUGGCCACGGCUAUAUCGUGACACAGAGGGACAUGUGUGCCCAAGGACUGUGAGAGCUCCUUGAGACUCCAGGCACACAACACCUCACACGUACUGACAUCCAGAUGAUGCUGGAGGUGCAAGAGGAAAGAGCAGCAGGAAACUUCAGCCGGAAAGAGCGUGUCAAGAAGGAGCGGGACGAGGCAGGCCCGGACAGUGGCCGAGCCAAUAGCAACACUAACCCUUCCUCUAAUAACCACAACGCCGCCCUCGCCGGCACUGGCCACAGGAACCCCCGGGCCAAGGCCACACCCUCGGCCAGCCCGCACCAGCACUUGACUCCGCCCUCUGUCUCCCUGGGAUCGCCGUCAAUGCAUUCCAGCAAUCCCAAAGUGAGGAACUCCCCAUCGGCUAACACGCAGAGCAGUCCCAAACAGAAGCAGGAGGCCAUGGUGCGCUCCCCACCCGUCAUGUCUCCCUCCAGCGCCGCCCAGAUGGACUCAAAACUGCCCAAUCAGGGAAAGCCGGGGGGCGCGGGCAGCCAAUCGCAGCCCUCGCCCUGUGACCCCAAAGUUCUAGGCCCUAAGGGGCCCGUAGGGAGCCUGGGAUUAAAAAACGGACAAGGCCUGAAUGCAGGCAACGGGGCCAAGGGCAAAAUGAAGAGGGAAAGAAGCACUUCGGUGGAGUCGUUUGAGCAUCGUGACACGGGGACGAACAACAACGAGGGGGACCAGAAAGAGCUGGGCAGCCGAGCCAAGAGGCUAUGUGUAGCUGAGCGGCGGCAGCCCUACAGUGGAGCGGACUGGUGCUCUGGGGGCGAGAGUGACGAGGAAGACCCAGGGUUCUUUAACUGCAAUUUGAUAGAGAUGAAGCCUCUGGACUCCAACAACGCGCUCAGCUCAGCCACGUCGACACACAAUACCGUUGGAGGGCAGAGCAUGGAGCUGGGCAGCAGCGGUCCCAAGCCCGGGUCAAAGGUUGUGUACGUCUUCACCACAGAGAUGGCCAACAAGGCGGCUGAUGCGGUCUUCACAGGCCACUCGGACAACAUCAUUGCCUUCCACAUGAACAACAACUCCAACGGCAACAAGACCCAUCUACCUGUGAAUAAUCAGAUGGGACCCCCACGGUGUGACUCCAAGCAGCUGGCUGGAGCCCCCCAGCAGCAGUCAUCUCACCCUUCUGACCAGAACCACCAGCAAGCCUCCAAAGCACCUCCACCAGGCCAACAGCAGCCAGCAGAGGCCCAGCCUCAGGGGGCCAAGCCUGGGAGCUUCCUCCAGGACGUGGCCGCCUCUGGGGGCAUGGACUCUAAGAGUGGAAGCCCCCAGAACGGCAUGCCCCACGACGCUAACAGCAACCCUGGAGGGACGCCCGGCCACCAGACCCCUUCUGGGGCAUCCCAACAGGGCUUCCCCUCUCUGGACCUUCCCAAUGGCGCUGACGCCAAACUCACGGCCCAGCAGCAGCAACUGGCACACGAGCUGAUGUCCAGCAUGGGGGACAACUCUGAGGGCCUGUCCCAAGAGCAGCUGGAGCACCGCGAACGCUCACUGCAGACGCUAAGGGACAUCCAGCGCAUGCUCUUCCCCGAUGACAAGGAGUUAUCCCUCAAAGACAUGGUAGCCAUGGGGCAGGGCAACCCAGGCGGGCCUCCUGGGCCCAACCCCAGCAUGAUGGAGGGGGGGCCCAAGAAACCUGGGGAGCAGGGCCCUCUCCAGGCCAUGAUGGCCCAGUCCCAGAGCUUGGGGAAGCCUGGAGGCCCUGUGGGGCCCCGGCCCGAUGGCACUCCAUUUGGGCCCGGAGGCCUCAGAGACAUGUCAUUCUCCCCGGACGAACUGGGGCCUCCGCCUCCUGGACCGCCUAUGAAUUCUCACGGAGGGCCCGGCGGUGAGCACGGAGAUCACACAGGGAUGAACCCGGAGCAGAUGGCAUGGCUGAAGCUGCAGCAGGAGUUCUACGAGGAGAAGAAAAGGAAGCAGGAGCAGAUGCAGCACCGGGGGCCCAUGGGCGACAUGAUGAUGCACCAACAAGGCCCCCGGGGCCCCAUGAUGCGCGGGCCCCCACCUCCCUACCAGAUCAAUUCAGCUGGGGAGAUGUGGGGCCCCGAGCACUUCCCAGAGCAGAUGAGCAUGGGACCCCGGGGCCCCAUGCAUCACCACAUGCAGAGGAUGCCCGGCGGCUUCCCUCCUGGCAUGAUGAACCCAGGUAUGGAGGGCGGCCCCAACCCCAGGGGGCCCCGGCCUGGAAUGAAUUGGCCUGACGACAUGGGACCCAACAUGGGCGACGGCAGGGGCUUCCUGCCCGGACAGGGGCCGUUUGUAGGGCCAGGGGGUCGGGUGGAGAGGUUCCCCAACCCACAGGCGGUGCAGGAGGCCAUGUUCCAGCAGGGCAUGGGGGGUGACAAGCAGGGCAUGGGGCUGCCACCGGGCAUGAUCAUGGAGAUGAACAGGAUGAUGGGGGGAAACGGCCCCCGAGGGCCAAUGGACGGCCCCGGCAACGGCCCUAACGGAGGAGGCAUGAUGUUUCCCAGAAUGCCUGGCGAUGUUGGCCCUAUGAGCCCAUCCUCCAGGAUGGAGUUUGUCAAGGGCCUGGGUCGGGACAUGGGCCCCGAGUUCAGCAUGGGCCCUGGGAACAUGAACAUGGGGCCCAACCCACAGAUGAUGCAGGCUAAGAUGAGGGGGGAGCCUCCCAUGAACAUGAGCCCCGAGGAGAUGAUGAAGAUGAGAGGAGGCUCCAUGCCAGAGAACAUGGGCCCUCAGAAGAUGAUGCAGGGGCCUCCCUUUCCUGACCAGGGACACCACCCAGGGGACUUUAACAUGGGCCCCAACCGCCACUUCCCGGGUAUGGGGCCUCACGGGCCAGGGAACCCUAGGUGCCCCAGAGUCGAACCCCCCUUCGGCCCUGACCAGCGAGGACCCAACCACGGCGGCAACGGUCGCCUCAGCCACAUGCCCCCCAACUCGGGCCCGCCUCCCAACCAGAGGAACAUGGGGGGCCGCAAGGGUCCUCAGGACAUCCAGGGCGGCCAGGCUAACUCACCCAACAUCAACCCCCUCAAGUCCCCUACGCUGAGGCAGGUCCAGUCCCCCAUGCUGGGCUCGCCCUCUGGGAACCUCAAGUCCCCCCAGACACCCUCCCAGUUGGCCGGCAUGCUCCAGGGACCCUCGGCGGCGGCAGUGGCCGCGGCCGCUGCCUCCAUCAAGUCUCCCCCCAUGAUGGGUUCGGCCGGAGCCUCUCCCGUCCACAUGAAGUCACCCUCGCUCCCGGCACCCUCCCCAGGGUGGACAUCGUCUCCCAAGCCCCCCAUGCAGAGCCCAGGCAUCCCCCAGAACAACAAGCAGCCCCCGCUCAGCAUGACCUCACCCAAAAUGAUGGGCAACGUGGAGCAAGGAGGGAAUGGUCCCACCACAGUACCCCCUUCCAGUAGUGCUUCCAGUCUUCCGUCUGGCAGCCCCUACGCCCUGCCCCCUGAGCCCACGAUAUCUCAGAACCCGCUGUCCAUCAUGAUGUCACGCAUGUCCAAGUUCGCCAUGCCCACUUCCACGCCCCUCUACCACGACGCCAUCAAAACGGUGGCGAGCUCGGACGACGACUCGCCACCGGCCCGCUCGCCGAACCUGCCACCCAUGAACAUGCCUGGUAUGGGAAUGAACCUCCACCCGGGCCACAACCGUAUGAUGGCUCCCACGUCACAAGGCCCCAUGACCGCUCUCAGCCCCAUGGGCAUGAACACCAUGGGCUCCCAGCCCCUCUCCCACGGCAUGCCUAACCAGAUGCCCUCGCCCAACCCGAUGGGGGGACCACACCAGGGGCCCAUGGGGCCGGGCAUGAUGGGGCCUCACAGCAUGAUGAUGCCUGGCGGGCAGGACCCAGGGAUGGGCAACCCUCAGAUGAUACCUCAGGGCCGUAUGGGCUUCUCCCACCGAGGCCAGGGAUUCCCCCCUGGCCACUCUCCUCCUCAGCAGGUCCCCUUCCCCCACAACGGCCCCGGGCCCCAGGGUGGUUUCCCUCACGGCAUGGGCUUCCAGGUGGAGGGGGGCCCCAUGGGCCGAAUGGGCAACAUGGGCCCCGGUGGGGAUCCGGGCGGCAUGUGUAAACCCAACACCUCUGGAGGAGGCCAGGACUUCAACAUGUUCAACAAUGAUAACGACCUCCACGAGGUCAUGCGAACAGGAGCCACCGGAAUGCCAGAGUUUGACCUCUCCCGGAUUAUCCCAUCGGAAAAGCCCAGCCAGACUCUGUCCUACUUCCCCCGCGGAGGUGAUGGCCCGGGGGUGAAACCUCCUCACCCCUCCGGCCCCCAGGGCUUCCCUCCCCAGAUGCAGGGAAUGAUGGUGGAGGGGAACCCCAGGAUGGGGAUGCCCAUGCAGGGGAUGGGGGGUCCGUCGGGCCCUGGCCACAUGGGGGGGCCCCAAGACAUGCCAAUGGGGAACCCUGGCCACAAUCCCAUGCGGCAGCCACACCCGGGCCACCCCGGCUUCAUGCCCCAGGGCAUGAUGGGACCCCAGCACCGGAUGCUGUCGCCGGGGCAGCAGCCGGGCAUGAUGGGAGGACCAGGGCAGGGGAUGAUGCAGGUUAAAGAGAGGGGGGGGCCCAUGUACAAUCACCCGGGCCCCGUGGGCUCGCCCAACAUGAUGAUGUCACUCCACGGCAUGGGUGGCCCCCAGCAGACUAUGAUGAUGCCGCCUCAGAUGAGGCCUCGCGGCAUGGCAGGGGAUAUGGGCAUGGGCUUCAACCCUGGUUCCGGAAACCCCGGGAACCUCAUGUUCUGAGCUGCUACAGCCAAGUAGAAACUAAAGACCUUACUCGGAAACCUAGGAGUCUAGAACCUGCGUAAACAAAGGAAUACAAAUGAGACUUGUGCUCUCUUAGGCGGUUGUUGUGUGGACUGGGGACACAUACAUUCACUCUGGUACAUACUCACACAUCCCGAGACACUUUUGGGCUGUUUUAGCAGUCUGUCGGGUGUGGUGGUGCAACUGCAGUGUGUUCCACUGAGGGGAAGGCGGAUGUACACCAUUUCAGAGGGGACUGAUCUUUCUGUUUGUGAUAAACGUAGAAUGUACGGCACGAGUCUAAGCUCCGGUGUUCAACGGGCGGAUAGGAAAUGGGCCUCUUCAUUAAAAACUCGAGGGAUGACCCGGGAACAGAGGUCCGUAGUUUUACUGUUGUUAUAAGAACAGCUAAACUACGAAAUGUAAAGAACAAUGAAACAUUAAAAACACAAUGAACUGAAUGAACAGACAAAAAGGUCACUUUUUUUUUUGUCUUUUGUUUUUUUUGUCCCAUUUUUGGCUGUAUGUUUACAUCUCAUCUCAUCACUACCCUCCACAGAUUCAAUGCUCUUUGUAUUUGCGUACUGUAAUUGUGUUGUUAAAGGGAUUUUACUAGUGACUUCUAGUUUGUUUUCCCAUCUUCUUUU